GCACAUCUUCUCUCUCUCUCUCUCUCUCUCACGUUCCACCACCCACCCAAAAACCAACCACUGCCAUGGAUCCCGUCAACGAUUGGGGCAACACCCCUCUCGCCACCGUCGACCCAGAAAUCCACGACCUAAUCGAAAAAGAAAAACGCCGCCAAUGCAGAGGAAUCGAGCUAAUCGCCUCCGAAAAUUUCACCUCCUUCGCCGUCAUCGAAGCCCUCGGCAGUGCUUUAACCAACAAGUACUCCGAAGGCAUGCCCGGAAAUAGAUACUACGGAGGCAACGAAUUCAUAGACGAGAUCGAAAAUCUCUGCCGAUCUCGAGCUCUCAAGGCCUUCCACCUUGACCCCACCAAAUGGGGCGUCAAUGUACAGCCUUAUUCGGGUAGUCCAGCCAAUUUCGCUGCUUAUACAGCUGUGCUCAACCCACAUGAUAGGAUCAUGGGUCUGGAUCUGCCUUCUGGGGGACAUUUGACACAUGGGUAUUAUACUUCUGGUGGGAAGAAGAUCUCUGCGACUAGUAUCUACUUUGAAUCUUUGCCUUAUAAGGUGGAUUCGAAGACUGGGUAUAUUGACUAUGAUAAGUUGGAGGAGAAAGCAAUGGAUUUCAGGCCAAAAUUGAUUAUUUGUGGAGGGAGUGCGUACCCGAGGGAUUGGGAUUACAAAAGAUUCAAAGCAGUUGCUGACAAAUGUGGGGCUCUUUUGCUUUGUGACAUGGCUCAUAUUAGUGGCCUUGUUGCUGCUCAGGAAGCUGCAGAUCCUUUUGAGUACUGUGACUUGGUCACAACCACAACCCACAAGAGCCUGAGGGGACCUAGGGCUGGUAUGAUCUUCUACAGGAAGGGCCCUAAACCAGUCAAGAAGGGUCAGCCAGAAGGUGCAGUUUACGACUUUGAGGACAAGGUCAACUUUGCCGUUUUCCCCUCUCUCCAGGGUGGUCCUCACAAUCACCAGAUUGGUGCUUUGGCCGUUGCUCUGAAACAGGCCAUGUUGCCCGGAUUCAAGGUCUAUGCUAAGCAAGUCAAGGCCAAUGCAGUUGCCCUUGGAAACUGCCUGAUGAGCAAAGACUACAAGCUCGUCACUGGUGGGACUGAGAACCACCUUGUUCUGUGGGAUCUUCGUCCUCUUGGAUUGACUGGCAAUAAAGUUGAGAAGCUUUGUGACCUAUGCAACAUUACUGUGAACAAGAACGCUGUUUUUGGUGAUAGCAGUGCCUUGGCUCCUGGAGGGGUUCGGAUUGGUGCUCCGGCCAUGACUUCAAGAGGUUUGGUUGAGAAGGACUUUGAGCAGAUUGCAGAGUUCCUCCACAGGGCGGUGACCGUCACCUUGAAAAUCCAGAAAGAGCACGGAAAGCUCUUGAAGGACUUCAACAAGGGUCUGGUGAACAACAAGGACAUUGAGGAACUGAAGGCUGAUGUUGAGAAGUUUUCAUCCUCAUUCGAGAUGCCUGGCUUCUUGAUGUCCGAAAUGAAGUACAAGGAUUAGUUUUAAACGAUAUCAUCAAUGCUCUUAUUGGUAUAUCUUUCUGGUGUUUGAAUCCAUAAAAUUUUCACUUAAAGCUUCUUCAUUCAAUGUCUGUGUCGAUGAAUGAUAAUGUUCGUCUGUUAACUUCUCUUUUUUGGUUUUUUAGGAUAGUGGUUGGAUUUUUUUUUCUUCAAAAUUUUAGGUGGUCUCAGGUUACGAGUGUUUUGAGAUGAAUUUCCAUAUAACAAAAUUAAUAUAUAUUGUCAUCACUUUCAGUCCUUUCAUUCCAGGAAAUGGUUCAGCACAAGAGUGCAUUUCCCUUUGUAAUAAAAAUGUAUUGAAAUAAAAUUUUAUCUACUUCUUUUGAUAAGUGGGUAUAGUAGUAAAACCAAUGGGUUUAAUGUAAUGUCAUGAGCUGUUUUAUGGUUUUUGUGAAACAAUUUGAUGAUUG